GCACUGACGUCAGGGCUAUCGUUCGUCGGCGGUUUUGCCGUGUGGUCGCCUUGAAAGUGUACAACUUGAAUCGGGCAGCGAUGGCAUCUAAAUUAGGCAAGGAAAGUGAACGAAGCUGUGUACUGUGCUGCCAGGAAAUCGACAUCUACGCCCUGGGAAAAUGCGACCAUCCGGUGUGCUUUCGCUGCUCUACCAAGAUGAGAGUUUUGUGCGAACAGAAGUACUGCGCUGUUUGUCGGGAGGAACUGGACAAGGUUAUUUUUGUAAAGAAACCCGACCAGUUUUCUACCAUUACUACCCAGAACUUUCAGUGUGAGAAGAAGUAUGACAUAUAUUUCAGUGAUCUACAAUUUUGUGCACAGUUCAGACGCAUACUACAGCAUGAAUGCCCACAAUGCAAAGAGCUGAAAAUUUUUAACAAAUUUGAAGACCUGGAACAGCACAUGAGAAAACAACAUGAGUUAUUUUGCUGUAAACUGUGUGCAAAGCAUCUCAAGAUAUUUACUCAUGAGCGCAAGUGGUACAGUCGUAAGGAACUGGCCCGACAUCGCAUGCAAGGUGAUCCUGAUGAUACCUCUCACCGUGGACAUCCUCUAUGCAAAUUCUGUGAUGACCGCUAUUUGGACAAUGAUGAGCUGCUAAAACAUUUGAGAAGAGAUCAUUAUUUCUGCCACUUUUGUGACUCUGAUGGUGGUCAAGAAUAUUAUAGUGAUUACGACUAUCUUCGUGAACAUUUCCGUGAAAAACAUUUCCUUUGUGAGGAGGGAAGGUGCAACACUGAACAGUUUACACAUGCAUUUCGAACAGAAAUUGAUUAUAAAGCACAUAAAGCUGCUGCACACAGCAAAAACAGGGCAGAAGCUCGUCAAAACCGACAUAUAGACCUUCAGUUCACCUAUGCUCCUCGGCAUCAGCGACGUAAUGAAGGUGUUGUAGGUGGAGAAGAUUAUGAAGAAGUAGAGCGCUUUAAUAGGAACUUGAGGGGAGCAAGAGGAGGAGGUCGAGGCGGUCAGCAAAACCUUAGAGGCAGCUGGCGCUACAAUCGAGAAGAGGAAGACCGAGAAAUAGCUGCUGCCGUCAGAGCAUCUGUUGCUGCACGUAGGAGGGAAGAAAAGAGACAAGCACAAGAAAGGGAACUCAUAAAGCCGAAAAAAGAAGAAACUGUCGAAAACGAAGACUUCAAGAACUCCAGAAGUUUACCAAAACAAACUUCAGAUAUCCCAGCAGGCAAAGAUAUUCCAGCUAAAACUGUUAACAAUAAUGGACCUUUGAGAGGUGAAGAUUUCCCAGCAUUAGGAUCUGCUACUCCAUGUACUAAUAAGUUGGCAGAAGUGAAACUAAAAGAGGAUGAUUUUCCAAGUCUAUCAAGUACAGUGGUUUCUGGACCAAUGACCCCAGCUUAUACAGCAGCAACUAGAAAACAGUCUGCUUUCCAAGAAGAUGACUUUCCAGCUCUAGUAUCAAAAAUAAAACCUCAGAAAUCUUUGGGCAACACCUCUUCAGCUUGGGUGUCUUCUUCAAACAAGAAUGUUUCUAAUAUUAGUCGGCCAGCUUCCUCUAAUAGCCCAAUCUCUGUGUUCCCCACCAAAACUAGCACCACUGCAGUUUCUACCUCUUCAUUGUCCCAGCAAAAAAAGAAGACUGCAUCCUCUAAAGGUAAUAACAGACAAAAUGAUCGAGAGAAAUCAAUCCCCAGUUCAGAUGAGGAUGAUGGGCAAGUUGGAAAGACCACUCAGGAGAUUCGAAGUGUGCCAACCAUGCUUGACAUUUCCUCAUUAUUGACUGAGAAAUCAUCUGUUCAGUCUAUCUCAAAAAUAGGAAAGAGGAAGAAAGUAGGGGGAGAAAAACAAAAUUCUUCAGCACUUCUAACUUCAGUAGAAACUGUUAAAAAGGUUUCCCAAAAGGAAAAUGUUCCAGAGACUAAAUCGCAACCUCUUCAUUUUCCUCAGCCUAUUAACAGCACAUUAGUUAAUGAAGAUAACCUAAUUAUUGAGCACUUGGACAAUUCUAUAGAAAAUAAGAAUCCUCCUAUUACAAGAGAGCCCCCUGGACUGAAAAAAACAUUUUCUCUUGCCCCCAACUUGCUCCCUGAUGAGGACUUCCCUGCACUACUACCUAAGCAGCCGCCACCAGGAUUUAGUGCUGCAUUUCCAUUGAAGAAUGGACCUGCAAAUAUCUCUCCUCCUCCAGGAUAUCUAGCACCUGCUAGCAAACCACCUCCAGGCUUUACUGGAGUCCCAUUAAACAUAAAUACAUCAGAAAAUGCAAAUUCUAUAGUUGGCAAAUCUGCAUCCACCACAGGAAUGUACACUGUUCCUGACAAUUUUCAGCAACGUAAUAUGGAACUCAUACAAACCAUUAGAAAUUUUCUCCAAAAUGAGGAGUCAAAGUUUAAUGAGUUUAAAACUUACUCAAGACAGUUCAGACAGGGCCAGAUGUCUGCUACUCACUAUCACAAAAGCUGCCAAGAGCUACUGGGUGACAAUUUCAAGUUGGUAUUUAAUGAACUGCUUGUGUUAUUGCCUGACACUAGCAAGCAACAAGAGCUGCUCUCUGCCCACAGGGACAUUUGUCUUCAGGAGAAUCAGGGCUGUAACAAACCUAAAAAGAACAAAACACAUGCUUGGCAAUCAAAUUCCACCUCCAGCAACAAGAACAGCUUAGAACUGGACUGCCAGGUCUGUCCCCAUUGCCUUCAGGUCCUCGCCGAAAAGGACUUUGUUGCUCACAAAAUCAUACAUAGGGAGGAUGACGAUUUUCCUUCACUGCAAGCAAUAAGCAAAAUCAUUAGUUAGCUAAGCAAAUGAAUUUACAUCCACUAUGCAAAGUGUCUCCGCAAUGCUACAAGAGCCGAAGCUUUUCAGCUAAAAGUAGUUAAGGUUAACGGUUGUUGGCCGGUCUUGCUUACACCAAAUGGCUACAAGAAAAAGAAUGUUAAAGAAAAUUGACAGGAUUUAAGGGAAGUUGCAGUAAAAAAAAAAUUGUGCAAGAGUUACAGUUAAAAGUGAUUCAGUUCCUCACUUAGUAGUUUUGUCUAAAUGGAGAAGUUUAAUUUUAAGGUGUCUCAAGUAUUGCUGCUGAACGAUGCAGAGUACUGGACCUCUGACAAAAUGACAAAUGUUCAAAACGGAAAGUAGACUAAGCUUACUUGAAAAUGUGUUGGGUUUCAAGGGGCUGAUACACCUGAAUGAAAUCCUACAUUUUGAAAAUACUGUAUAAAGAUAUGCAUUUGAGGCUUAACUAUUUCUGUAAAUUUGAAUUGUAAAAUCUAAUGUAUAAAUUCACUAUUUAAGUUGUUUUGCAUUGAUAAAAGUAAUUAGUGCUGGACACAGAGUAAUACAAAAAAUACUAAAAUCUAGGAUAGUUACACAUAGCACUUGUACUUGGUCAGGAACAGUAAAGUUAUAUUGAAAUGAUGAGAAAAGGCGGGCAUUGGCAAGAGAAUUGGCAUCAUUCAAUAGCUGUUUAAAACUGUCAUUUAAGAGUUUAUUAAAUCUGUAAAUGGUACAGAAAGUACUUCAAGACUUGCUUGUGGUGUUUGUUACAGUUUUCAUGGGCAAAUAUAAAAUGACCAAUUAGAUUUUUUUAUGGAAGUAAGGAGCAGUUGCAUGUCAGUUGGGAGUCUGUCUUAAGUUGUAGUCUUCUAUUCAGAGAGGCCAAGAAAUUCAAACUGGAUGAUCAGUUAAUGUAUUGCUUGAUGACUUGCUUUUCUGGGUAAUGUGUUGUCAGUGUUUAAUACAGGAUUCUGUGUUUUCCACCUAAAUAUUUGUAGCCUUGAAACAAAGUGCUAUGGCAACUUUAACACUUUGAUCUCCCGGUAAAUAGAAUAGCAUCAUUUGGGACAAUCUGGUCUGAAGUGCUGAUACUUGUUUCCAGCUCUCAAUAUUUUCAGGAACGCGUUUUAAUUACCAAGUCAACAUUCCUUGGUUUGUUUUGCUUAAAAGUACUGCUGCUAAUCCAAGAGUUCUCAGUGUGGUGUCAUUUAAAUCACCUAAAUGUAUCUAAUAUGUAGACUGCCAGCAGUUAUAAUUAUAUGACAGGUCUUUAUUUGUUAUAAGGGAGAUUAAAUUCUGAAAGACAAAUUUAUAAAAAUUGUGUUAUUUAAAAUAACCAAAUGUGAGUGGUUUGUGCAGCAGCAAUGUUAAACAAAAAGUAAAAAUGAAAAGUUACAGGCAUGUGAAAAUGACAACCGUCCCCCACCGUAAUCAUGUUUUCAAAUAAAAUGUUUCCAUUCAAAAGACA